AUUUAAUUAAAGUAAUAUUUAUUUAUUUCCUAUCGAAUUUUCAAAUGAAAAAAUUUGUCUUUAAGAAAGCUUUAAAAUCUGUAAAAUAAAAAGCAGAUAUAUACACUAUAUUAUCCCAGAAUGACGUAUAGCUAACUACUUAGGUCAAAAAAGAAGUGAUUUUUCCUUUGAAUUAAGAAGUAGAAAAUUAAAUCGAUAAGCUGAUUGAUACACUACGUUUAAAUAAAGGAGUUUAUGAAAAAAAAGGAGUCGCAAUUGCAGCUAAUUAAGUAGGAUUAGAUUUGAGAUUCUUUUUAUUGGCUGAUUUCAAUGCAAAUCCUUUUGAUAUCUAAAAAAGAAUAUUAACUAUAUGUAAUCCUCAAAUACUAGACAAAAGCAAGGAAACCUCUGAGGAAGAGGAAGGGUGCCUAAGUAUUCCUGAAUAACUAGCUUUUGUAACUAGACCAAUUUAGAUAUUAGUAGAAUAUUAAAAUAUAAUGGGUAAAAAGGUUAAGUAGGAACUUUCAGGACUUUAAGCUAGAGCAUUUUAGCACGAAUUAGAUCAUUUAGAUGGAAUUCAUAUGUUAUAAAGAGCAAAUAGAGUAGUAGAGAAUCCACUUUACAUUGAAUACUUAAAAAAAUAGGAAGAAUAAUAAAAUUAAAAUUAGCAAUGAAUGAUUUUUGCAAAUUCUAAUUAAGUAAAAAUAUCUAUGAAUAAAAAUAGAUUGGCAGAUUUAAAUAAAAAAAAGAUAGAAAAUUCUAUCAAAUAAUCUAAAUUAAUCACAAAAAUAUAAGUAUAGUAAAUGCAUAUAAAAUAGUAUUAAAUUUUAUCUACUUAAUCUAUAAUAAAUCCAAAUAUCUUCUCUUCUUCCUUGCUAUUAAAACUGAUAUUUUAUAUCCAC